UACAACAUGGCAUUCAAAUUCGUUCUUUUCGCCAUCCUGGUUGCUGCCGUCAGCGCCGGACUGAUUCCUCAGCAUGGACACAUCGGACACGCUUCGUCCCACCAAACCUUCCAGCAGCACCAUGCUGCUCCGGUGCACCAAGUGGCUGCCAUCCAUGCCGCUCCGGUGCACCACGUGGCUGCCAUCCACGCUGCUCCAGUCCAUCACACGAUCGUAAAGGAAGUCGAGCAUCAUGCUCCGGCCAACUACGAAUUCUCGUACGCCGUCCACGAUGAGCACACCGGAGACAUCAAGAGCCAGCACGAGACCCGCCACGGAGAUGAGGUCCAUGGCCAGUACAGUCUGAUCGAUUCUGACGGUCAUCAGCGUAUCGUCGAUUACCACGCCGAUCAUCACUCUGGAUUCAACGCCGUCGUCCGUCGUGAGCCAACCCACGUGAAGAUCGCUCAGCCAGUGCACAAGGUCAUUGCCCAGCCCGUCCAUGUCCAUGCCGCCCCAGUUGCCCAUCACUCGUACUCUCAUGCUGCCCCAGCUGUCGCCUAUACUUCCCAGCACCAUGUUACCCCAGUGGCCCAUGCUACCAUCUCCCAUGUUGCGCCGGUUGCCUACACCAGCGGACACGGACAUGGACAUCAUGCCACCAGCCACAUCAGCCAGAUCAGCCACAACAGCCAUUACUAAAUUAAAAAAAAAGAAUUAACAAUACAACGCAAUCUAGAAGAAUUCAUAUGAAAUAAACGUACAAAUUUGUUUAAGUGAA